UUGCAUUUGUGUGUGUGGGGUUGCCAGGUGCUUGAGUCUCACCUGAUCACAGCAUGUAAAAGGAGUUUCCCUAAGGGUUUCCCUGAGGGAUUUCACCAGGCCAACAGCUGCCACCUGCCUGUUUCUACAGCAACACACCAGACCACCUUCAGCAACCACACCUGAGAGAAACACUGAACACACCACACACUCUGACAGGAUGGGCUACGAUCUGGAGCGUUUUGUGGGCUAUGUGAAUGAGGGUCUACUGUGCUGUGUGUGCCGGGAUGUGUUAGAAGACCCUUUGCAGGCUCCGUGUGAGCACGCCUUCUGCAGCACCUGCAUUCACGGAUGGCUCAUCCACCACAACAGCUGUCCUGAAGACCGUCUGCCUUUAGACAUCACACACCUCCGCCCGCUCUUCAGAUACAUGAGGAAUGAUUUAGCGAGGCUGCAGGUCAGAUGUGUGUUCAGGCCUCAGGGCUGUGAGGUCAUCUGUGCUCUGGAGUCUAUUCAUCGGCAUGAGCAACAGUGUGAUUACGCUUUGCUCAACUGCACUAAUACAGGCUGCCCAGUUCAGGUGUCUCGUCGCUCUCUUGAAGCUCACCUGUGUGUGUGUGAGUACAGCAGUAGAGUUUGUGCGAGCGGCUGUGGAUACACAAUCCUCAACACGGAUGAAGCUCAGCACAACUGCGUAUCGGAGCUGCGAGCUGAGCUGGACAUGCUCAGGGCAGAAUUAGACUGCAAAGUCGAAGAAGUGAGGCAUGAAAUGGAAUCACGCUUAGACUCCCAAAGACGACACAUGGUGCAGAAGGAGAGUUUGCUAAGGAGUGAAGUGGAUGAACUUAAGGCUCAGCUGUCCCGGGUCAUGUCAGAUGUGCGUGUUCUGCUGGGAGCAGAGAGAGCGCGCAGACAAGAGCUGGAGAGGGCAGAGCUGGAGAAGGCGGAGCUUCUUGAACUUUUAAAAAAGGAGGGGCUCAGACCAACCACGCCCUCUGAAGCAGCCCCACCCCCUGCUGAAAUGCAGAGAAAGCCAAGCCCACGCAGUCUGGCUCUGGACUGCAUCAAAAGGAAGAACAGAGAGGUCACUGUCAUCUGAGGACACGGCUUUUCAUAGCAGGACAGUAAAGCCCAAAGUAUACUUUCACUUUUGUGUGUGUGUGUGUUUGUUUAUGUGACACGAAUUUCAGCUAUUGCACAGUGCAUGUAUAGUUCAGUUCUUUUUAUUACCACAUGUACUGUGUAAUGCACCUGCAGUUUCAAUUGUUUUGCAUUAACUGGUUUGUCCACAAGAUGGCAACCCUGAACUGGGCUCCUGUUCCAGUUAGAUUAAAUAAUAACAAAGAUACAAGUUACAAUAGAUGAGAAAUCAAUAGAUACUCACACUGCUUGUAUUUGGAGAUAAAAAGAUGGCCGCAACCUUUUGUUUAAACAUUUUAUAACCACAAUUUUAUUUAAAACUUUUUUUAUGUAAAUUUUGAGGAAAACUGAUUAAGAAUGAGUUUUUUUUCCAAGCAUGGUAGUCAAAUGUUCUGAAAACUGAAGCCAAAAUGUUUUGAUUGCCGCUGAUGGUUGGCUGCACAUAUAUAAACACACCUUGUCUAUGUAAACACAUGUCAUAUGAACUAAAUUAUUAAUCAAAGAGAUUUUUCACAAAGAUGGCUUCUGUCAUUUGGUUUCAUUUUGGUAAUGUGUGUUUAAGUGUUUGCUUUACUAAUAUGUUUGCUCUUAGUUAUUGCGUUGGCUACAUAAAUACAGGGUGUGACAUCAGGUGAUCAAUAGCUAGCGAUUACUAAUGCAGUUUUAGGGAAUUAUACGAGUGUGGAUAGUACCCUGAUUACACGGCACUUCAUGAACACUAUUUUGUAGGAUCUGGCUCCGAAUGGCAUCGUCAGAGCAAAAUGGUAGCAGCCAUCUUUGAGACAAUUUGGCUUCACUUUUCUACAGUGGACGAAAGUAGAACGUUUUUUGUAAUGGUUCUCACACUGUUUACCUGCGGUGUAUCCAGCAGUGCACAUUCACUAACACACACACACACACAGAAAAAAACUGAAGUAUACUUUGGACUUGAUGAUUCAUUGAUGGUAACAGAAAACCACCACCGGGAAUUCAUCAUCUGAAUAAAAAACCCAAUUUUUGUAGCUGCACUGGAUGAAUCGAAUAAGUGCUAUAAGACUAGGUGCUAAAAUUAAACCAAAUUGUGAAGUAAAGAAGAAAAAUUUUGAAUUUAAGAGGCUUGUUUUCCCAUUUGUAAGAAAAACGGAUAUAUUCUGCUACUUUUCUUGAUAUUAAA